GGAACCAACCGGAAGUCGCACUUCUCUUGUGUUCGACACGUGAAACGUGAUAAACGUACUGGUUCAGCGCUGAUCAGUUUUACUCAGUAUAAACAAGUACAAAUUGGUUAUCUCGACCAGUACUAAAAUUCCAUCAUGGCAACAACCAAGGUAGAUAAUCCUGAAAAACCAGGGCAGGAAGUCACUCCCAUUCAUCGAAUUAGGAUCACCUUGACAUCGCGCAAUGUUCGUUCCCUGGAAAAAGUAUGUGCGGAAUUAAUCAAUGGGGCCAAGAAGCAGAAGUUGAAGGUCAAGGGGCCUGUUCGUAUGCCUACAAAGAUUUUGAGAAUAACGACUCGUAAAACACCUUGUGGUGAAGGUUCAAAAACAUGGGAUCGAUUCCAGAUGCGAAUUCACAAGAGAGUUAUUGAUUUGUAUUCGCCAUCAGAGAUUGUGAAACAAAUCACAAGCAUUUCAAUCGAACCUGGUGUAGAAGUGGAAGUGACGAUUGCUAAUGAAUAAACUGUAAUUAAAACUGAAUACAAAGUUUUAAUAAAAAUAUUAAAAAAUUA